AUGAGGAACAUCGAACCAUNGCUCACAGUUGGAAAGACUAAGUCUGUCCGAUUUGAAUGCGAUCUUGAUCAGUCUCACUCCUCUAGUUCUUCCGAGAAUAGCAGUUCAAGAAAAUCCGAGAUGGGUGGCAAAUUUUGUUUUACAGCAAACUCACCUAAUCCAACCCCCUUGAGGCUAUCUGAUGAGAUGCAGACUCCUGGAACCAUAUAUCCUUCGAACAUGGAAUCAGCGGGAAGAGGGAGGCCUAGAAUCAGGUCUCAGUUUGUGCAUUCAGUUUCCAAUGUAAUGGAAAAUGCAUCCUUAUAUAAGGUCCUUAAUGAUGCUCAUGGGAGCCUACAACAAGCGGAACCGCAGGUUUACAAAGAGAAGAUAGAGUGUGAAACACCCUCUUCAGCAACUUAUGGGGAAAAGGUGGAAGAAAGCUCAGAUGAAAAGUUAUCCAAGUUUGAGGCAAGUUUUUCUCCUUGGCUAAACCAGAUCAACGAAAACAUUGCGGUUUCAAACGAUAGGACACCAGGACUUGCUGCCAUAACCCCAGGUGACAGGCCUAUCAUUGGAUUGGUUCCUUCUCAGUGGAUCGAGAAUGAGCAAACUGAGAUUUCACCCAGAUUGUGGGAUGGAAAUGGGAUCCCAAAUUCGACAACCAAAUACAAGGAGGAUCAGAAAGUGAGCUGGCAUGCAACACCGUUUGAGGUGAGAUUGGAGAAGGCACUUUCUGAUGAAAAUGGUCAGAGUUUAUUCCCUCAAAGGAAACUUGAAGUGAUGAUGGAGGAGGUUGAAGGGGACACAAACAUAUCGCAGCUGCAGCAUUCAGUGAAACCAAGCUCGGUAGUUUCCUUCUGAAAGUCUAUCUGGAUUUCGUACAGAACAAAAUCAAUUACAUAUGGCUAUCAUGACUCAUGAUAAAAUGAAAUACCCUUGUUUCUGGCUUUUUAAGGAGCUUUAAAGAUAUGAAUGAAUAAUAUAAACAGUUGCGUUUAUUA